AUGCUCUACGAACUGAUAGCAGUGGUCCGUCCGGGCAACCUCGGCCAGGUCAAAGAAAUCGCUCGUAUCUGCGGUAGACAAAUCCUCGACAACAAAGGUGUCAUCCGCGGUAUCAAGAACUGGGGACAGUUCGAUCUUCCCCGACCGACUGUCAAGCAUCAAACUCAGCACUUCCAAGGCCACUACUUCAUCAUGCAAUUCGACAGCAGCAUCAAAGUCCAGAAAGAAAUGCGCCGGAUCCUCGCCCUCGACCCUCGUAUGGUUCGCUUCUCCGUCGUCAAGCUGGGUGAUAAAUUGGGUGGUGUCAAUGGUGCCAUCGAGGAAAUCACAGGUCAGGUCGACUGGAACUCAACGCCGGACACGAACAUCCCUCUCGACACCUUUGAAAACUCUGGCAUCGCUCGAGCCGGUUCCAAUUACAGCUAG